AUCGUCAGCACAUACCUCCCAAUGCGCUACUAUUGUCGUAGUAAAAGGAGGCUGAUUCUACAAGGGUCUGGGUUUAUUACACGCCGGUCCCGGACCUUGAUGGCCCACACACAUCACCGCCACCGCCGUCAUAACAAUAUAGUUUUGAUCCUCGGCCUGACAGCACGCCAUUGAAGAGCCCCGUCGCGUCAUCAAACGAACAGAUUGAUCGGUAAUCAUGCCGAACUCGGACCAAAUGAAGGCGACUUCUCCUGCCGCGUCGUCCCCGGCUGCUGCCGUCGCAAGGCCACCAAAACGGACCUCAAACACGUGCAACACGUGCCGUGCUCGAAAAGUACGGUGCGACGGCCGUCGUGAUGUCUGUACCAAUUGCGAACGUCUUGGCUUUGGCUGUACCUACCAUGACGCUGGCCCUGGCUCUGGAUCUACAGAGGGGGAGACGGCCAUGUCGUCAGCCUUGGCUCUAGCCCUGCCUAGACGUCGCGUUCGAUUGGCUUGUGCUAAUUGUCAUUCACGCAAGGCUCGGUGCAGUGGAUCACUCCCAAAGUGUGACCGCUGUAGAGCAAGGGGUAUUGAAUGUGUUUAUCAACCUGGGAAACGAGCACGCCCUUCUUCGGUCAUGGUCGGCGAGUCUACGGCACCUACAUCAACCACUCCAGAUAGGCCUGGUAGUGGCAAUGGGCCUGCUCGAGACGAUCGUGUCUCUGUCCACAGCCGGAGUCAUUCAUCAGAUCGAGACGUAACUAGCGUGACCAGUCCAAGUAACUUUGGUCAAGCUGCAGCAACAGAGGAUGAGGACGCAGUACUGGAGUCGAUUGCACCACGAGCCUUUGAACAAUUUUUUCGACAUAUUCAUCACAUACCCGUAUUUUCCUUUCUGCAUCGUGCCUCUCUGAUGCAACGAUAUCACUCUGGGCUCAUAGAUCGAGGGUUACUACUCGCACUCAUUGGCAUCACUUCAUUACUGACUGACUUGGGGAGCGGCACGCGCGACUUUGGGGUUAGGUGUAUCGACGAGGCCGAAACUACGGUUCUUGGAGAGUUGGAGAAGCCAUCAACUCUCAAGCUACAGACGCUAGUGCUCAUCAUCAAACAUAGGAUCUUGAUGCGCAGGUUCCCUUCGGCAUUCAUGCUACAUGCGGUUGCUUCUAGAUUCGCAGUUGCUCUACGGCUUAAUCACGAGAACCCGCGACUUUGCUUCCUCGCUCAAGAGUCCCGUCGGCGCCUGAUGUGGGCUGUGUACAUGAUAGACACAGGUAUCGCUGCUGGACAUCCAGAUUUUGGCCUUUGGGAGAACAAAGCACCGUCAAACAUCCGAAUCCAGCUCCCCUGCAAUGAACGCAACUUUGACUUUGAUCUCCCCGAGGUCACAGAACCCCUUGAACAACCAGCUCCCGGUCCUGAUGGUGUCAUCCCACCCAUGACGGACGAUAUUGGCUUUCUUGCUCUGCACAUACGCGUCUGUCUGCUACGGAGCCGAAUAUUACAAUACACCAAGAAUAUGAUACAUGGAAGCCCAACUCCAGAACAAAUAGCAAAUCUUCCAGCACGGUUUGCCGAACUGGAAUCACAACUUGGCGCCUUUGCAUCUCGACUACCAGUCUCUUUCAAUUGGUCCGAGGCCAACGUACGGUUGCGAGCAUACUCCCCGCGGCUUUGUGUAUUCGUCAUGACACAUUUAUUGUGGGAACAAUGUCACAUUGACCUAUAUCGUGUUGCGGCUCACUCGGGAGUAUCACGAGACGCUUUGCCGCAGACUAUCAUGGCACGAAUCGAGGCUAGUCACCCUGGGUUUGCUGGUAUCUGUCGCCGCCAGAUCUUUGAACACGCCAGAGCAAUGGCAGACAUGUUUAGUCUCCUGUUGACGCUGGAUGGAGUUCCAGUCACGGAUAUGGACCUUCCCGUCUGUUUGUAUCAGUGCGCGCGGAUGCUAUACCUGAGUCUGCAUACUAGUGGUGUCGAGUUUGGAAUCACUACCGAGAGCGUACAAGAAAUGGGAAAUGUAUGUCUUCGGGUACUGAAGCAAACCAUUACAGCACCAGCGGCCAUGGGAAUCCGUGCAGAUCUUGAGAGACUGCUUGCAACGGGUAUUCCAAGCGAUUUGGCCCCUAGUAUACCGGACUCGCCUGAAAUCCCCAUGGGAGGAGCACGAAAUCCAGUCCCGAGUCUCCUCACCCAAAACAUACUAUCAAACACAAUGAACACGGUGCAAUAUCAGUCACCAAUUGCAGCGUCUCUUCCCAACGGUGGGCAGACAUUCCCACAAACUGCCGUUACAGGGACGCCUUUUCAAGCCGCCACAGAACCACCUUUGGCACAGUUGGACCAGCCAGCGACUGCGCCUGCAACAGCGACGGCCACAGCGGAUGAGCCCAAAUCGCCAUCUGUGGCGUCUCUACAUCCCAGUAACGCCUUUGAUGGACCGUUUGAUGGUUUGGACUUUAACAUGGAUCAGUUUGGUAUGGAUUCGCAGUCGUGGUAUUCGACCGAAUGGUUGGGAGGCGAUUUUUCUAGUGCAGCCGGACAGGCAGCUACUUGA